CGAUGUUUCGAUAUAACCUGCUGAAGUCAAAAAAGCCCUAAGCAAAACGAAAACAUUGAUGGUGUCACGACGAUGAGGUAUUAUGAUGAUGAUGGGUGAUCAGUACCGCAAAAUGGAGCAAUAUUCGCCUAAAUCUUCACCUCGGGGCGCUCGGUCUCCAGUAGUGUCUCGGCAAGAUUCCACAGGGACCUUAAAAACAACAAUAUCCCUCGGGAAAAACCCUUCUAUAGUUCAUCAUGGACCAUUUUACUUGAUGAAGGAACCUCCAGGAGAGAGUGAACUUACUGGAGCAACGAACUUAAUGGCAUAUUAUGGUUUAGAACAUUCAUACAGUAAAUUCAGUGGUAAGAAAGUAAAGGAACAGCUGUCUUCAUUUUUACCAAAUCUACCUGGCAUUAUAGAUAGCCCAGGACAUUCGGACAAUAGUUCAUUAAGAUCAGUAAUUGAUAAGCCUCCAAUAGGUGGGAAGGAGCUUUUACCAUUAACAAGUGUUCAAUUAGCCGGUUUUCGUCUUCACCCUGGCCCGCUGCCAGAACAAUACAGAUAUGUUAAUCAAGCUCCUCAAAAGAAACACAAGAAUAAACACAAGAAACAUAAACACAAAGCUGGGGAGUCGGCAGGAGGGGGAGAGGUUGCAGGGUCCACUGAUAUAGGAACAGAUGCCCAUGAAAAGAAGCACAAGAAACAGAAAAGGCAUGAUGACGACAAAGAAAGAAAAAAGAGAAAGAAGGAGAAGAAGAGGAAAAAACAGAAGCAUAGUCCUGAGCAUACUGGUGGUGGUUUAACACCCAGCCAUCAUUCCAGUCAAUGAACCUGCUAUUUUCAUAAGAGUAUUUAAUCCCCUUAUUUUUCUCAAUUGUUUUCCUCACUGAUGAGAGAGAUUAUCAGAUCAAUGAGCUCUAAAUUAUUGUUGAUGUUGGGGUGGGGAUGAAGAAAGGUUAUCUCUUUGGUUUCCAUUCUAUUUGCUGUGAUGUUGUUUAUCUCGUCUCAAGUGUUCUUUUUAAAAUGUGGAAACCCUCCUAAGAUAUUUCUGACACUGUCUGUCAUAAUUGUCUAUCAUGAGUACAUAGGGUUUUCCUCAGUUGACAAGAAUAUUUAAAAAAAAAAAAGAUUUUAUUAUAUUAUAUUUGUUUGUUUCUUUAGAUGUCCUUUGUUCAAGUCAAUUAUAAUUUAUUGUAAGCUCAUGAAAUGGAUUUUUCCUUGUAAAUCAUCUUAAUCUACUUGUUCUUAGGAAGAGGAGGCAGUGCAUUUUCUCUAUGCUUAUUGGCAGAUAUAUCUCACAUUUUUGGGGGGUUUCUGAAGGAACACUGCAUUGCUUCAUUAACAGUUUUCAUCAAGACAUGCUCUGAGUCUGUUAUAAAAUUGUUGUCAUUUUGCAGGGGUAUUUAUUAUCUUACAACUCAGACUAUGUGGAGUACUUACUCAUAAAUUUUUGAGCACUUUUAAUAAUUCUUGGUGAGGGAAAUGAGGAACUUGGCAACUAUUGACCAUGUAUGAGAAGACUUUAGAUUGAGUAUGUACCUGUAAUUUUUAGGUGAAUAAUGUGAUUGUAAAUAGAUUGGCUUUAUUUCAGACAC